AUAAAAAUAUAUAUAUGUGUGUGUGUUUAGCUAAUCCUGUUUAAUCAUGGUUUUUAAAUUCCAUUUACCAUUAUGGUCACAAGCAAUAAUUGCAAGAUUGGCAUUUUAUCCAACAUUAGUGUAUGGGUGUUUAAGAACAUCACCUAAUAGAAGAUGGUAUGAUAGAAUAGACAAUAAAGUUAUACUUGGUGCAUUACCAUUUUAUAAAACAGCUAAAGCUCUUGUUUCCAUUGAAAAUAUUUCCGCUGUUAUUACAUUAAAUGAGCCAUAUGAGUUAAGGUAUUUUUGUCCUAAAAAGACUGAAUGGAAUUUGUUAGGUGUUCAGCAACUUCAUAUUCCUACUGUUGAAUAUAGUGAUGCUCCUUCAAUUAGCAAGAUUGAAAGUGCUUUAGACUUUAUAAACAAAAGCAGUUCAUCAGUUUAUGUUCAUUGCAAAGCAGGCAGAAGUCGUAGUGCUACAGUAGUAGUUUGUUAUUUAAUAAAACAAUAUAAAAUGUCUUCAGAUGAUGCUAUUCAAUUUGUUAGAGAAAAAAGGCCACAUAUUGCUUUUUCUGAAACACAUUAUCAAAGAAUAUUAGAAUUUAGUUCGAUUGUUUCAUAGUUUGUUAUAGCUUUUAACUUUAAUUGGAUGAUUUUCAUAGGCAUAAAAAACCAAUAAUUCAAUCUUCAUGAAAUAUGGAUUUCUUUGAAUAAAAUUGUAUAAAAUAAAAUUAUUUUUAAUAGAUAAUUUGUUUUGUCAUGUUUGAAA